AUGGGAAUUAGUAAAACAGAAGUAAACUUGAAGAGAUUGCUUGCAGCUGCUCCUCAGCAGCAAAACCAGGCAAAACUUGUACAUUAUGUUGCUACUUUGCGUGAACAACUAGAACAAUUGGCUGAAGAGAAGACACCAGAAGGCUUGCCAAGGCUCUCAAAGGCUACAUUGAACGAUUAUUCAGAGAAGAUUGAAGCCAUUGCUUCAAAAUUGGUUCAUGUGUCUGACAUAGAAGUAUCUGAGAAGGACAUUGAAAGAAAUGUUAAAGAAAACCCUUCUGAAAUUGAGGAAAAAAAGCCGGUGUCACCUUCUGGAUUGCGAAGAAGGCCUGUAGCUGCCUUAAGUACUGAUGAUAGGGCACACGAUCCUGCUGAGACCGAUCACUUAUCAUCUGUUAAAUUGGAUGCCGCAGGACAUGCACAUAUUGAAAAGCACAGAAAGCUUCAAGAUGAUUUGACAGAUGAGAUGGUGGUGUUGGCAAAACAACUCAAAGAGAGUAGUCUCAUGAUGAGCCAAUCUGUUAAAAACACCGAAAAGAUACUUGAUUCUACUGAGCAAGCCAUUGAACAUAGUUUGGCGAGUACAGGCCGUGUCAAUGUCAGAGCAAAUACAAUAUACUCAGAGAGUUCCAAGACUUCUUGCUUAACAUGGCUUGUGAUGUUUGUGAUGCUAUUUGUAUUUAUCAUGGUUAUUCUUCUAAUCCGCGUCACAUAG